UGGUACCGAAGGAUUAUCUAUUUUCUCAAUGCCUGGCUGACCAUUAGGUAAGGGCGUGAUAGACACAAUGGAUGAUGGCACAAAAGAAAAGGCACAUCGAUAUGUGCUAUUUAAUUGUGAGACAGUCAACAAAUUUAUUGAAUAACACCGUAGACUUGUUUCCAUACAAAAUCCACGUCUUCGUGAAAUGGCCAUUGAUCGCAUUCAUAGUGAAACAUUUCCAACAUGGUUUGAUAAACAUGUUGAGGAAUUGCAUAAUGCAGGUGAUAGUCAAAUAACUGAAGAGCUUAGAUGUUUGGCUCAUGGUCCAAAUAGAAUUUUCACAAAAUAUAAGCGAUACUUGAUAAAUGGUUUUAGGUUCCAUACUAAGGAGAUUGAGCGAAAGAGGAAAACUCAAAAUAGUGGGAUUAUUGUCACGGCAAAAACACGAAGCUUUGCAAGUGGUAGAGAUGGAAAUCCGGUCUCUGGAGAUGUUACAUUUUAUGGCGUGUUAACAGAUAUAAUUGAGUUAGAUUAUUUGUAUGGGAAGAGGGUCGUGUUAUUUAAAGGUGAAUGGGUGUCACAAUCAGGGAAAAGACAAGAUAAAGAUUGCACACUAGUCAAUUUUGCAUGAUUAAUGAAAGAUGUUGAGCCUUUUGUGUUGGCUUCUCAAGCAGAACAGGCAAUGUAUGUAGAAGACCUGAAACACAAAGAUUGGCAAGUUGCUAUCAAGAUAAAUCCGAGAGAUUUUUAUGAUAUGAAUGCGGGGUCUUCUGUGGACAAUGUGGAGGCAUACUUGCAGAGUGUUGUAUGUAAUACACAAAGUGGUGAUGGGGACAAUAAUUUUGAUUUGGUUCGGACAGACAUGUCUGCUACAAUUGUAGAUGCACCACUUUCUCAGGUGUUGAGAGACAACAAUGUUCAUGAUGAUGGAGAUGAGGAAGAAUUAGAUUUUAUGUGACUGUUAAACUUAUUGAACAUUGCUAGUUAUUUAUAUUUGAAAACAAUUCUAUAGUUUCAUUUUGUUCUCUUUCUUUAUCAUUGUUUUUGUUAAUUUAAUUGAUUGUUUGAAGAAUGAAUAGUGCAUUUUUAAUUUAACUAUGUGAUUUGCAUAUGUGGCUACAAAAUAUUUAUUCACUAUAUGUUACAUUUAGUCACUACCAAGAUA